AUGCUGCGGAUCAGCCAGCUCAUUGUAUUCAUCGCAAUAGCAAUCUUUUCCGACGGACAAACAACAACAGAAACGACGCCUUUUUCAAAUGUCACUUUCACGAAUUCGACAUCUGUUGGCACGACGAAACCGCCAAAGCCUCCGCCACCGAAGCCACCUUUACCACGAGAACUUAAAUUUUCGAGACGCAUUGCUACUUCAAAAGAAUGUGAGUAAUGGAAAUUCAUCUCCGUUUUCAUUGUCAUUUCCAUUUACAGACUGCCCAUUUGGAACGCCGGUGUCGCCGAUUAAAUAUUGUGAGCAUCAAAGACAUUGCCAUUCGGAUUUCAACUGGAAUUCGUACUGCUCCCAGAAGAGCAUUUGUUGUCAGGAGGAAUCGGAAGAGGUCGAGUCACUGUGCUACGAUCGAAGGUUGCCAUUGUUCGGAGAAAAUGAAUGCAAUGUCGAUGCGGAUUGUGAGAAUCAGAGAGCGCUUUGUAAAAGCGGGCAUUGCUGUCCGAAUUGUGAGUCAGUUUCUAAUAUUCUACAUGCAACUUUUUGCUCAGAUCAUCACAUCCCCAACGAACCUCUCCAGCCGCCCACGCACUUCUACUCCAGCAACUUCCCGUGCAUCCCCGGACAUCCGAUCCCACCCGGCUUCAACUUUGCCUUCUGCUCCAACUUUUCCAGUACAAUUGCCUACGUGGGUGUGGUGAACAAGUGCGGGCUCAUUCAGCACAUCAGCAAGGACACCGAGUGCAAACGGGACUCCGACUGCUUCCACGGACACGUCUGCGUGUUCGUCAUCGACGGCGGCGUCUGCUUCAAGAAUCCAGAAGUGUGCAUGACGUCGGCGCUCUACGACAUUGUCUGGUACAACUGUCUCAUCGCGUUCAUCGGAAUGCUCCUCUCGUUCCUGACGAGAGCGUUCUACCUGUACCCGGUGGAAACGAGCAAUUACAUUCCAUACAUUGCCAUCCAGAACUAUGACUGUACCGAUUUCGCCAAAGACCAGGCAGUCUGGAUCUAUUCGCGUCCGUGGAUGACCAAAACGCACAUCUACGAGAUCAGGCGGAAGGCGGAGAGGAAGGCGUUGAGACUGGAGAAGAGAAUGAUGAAGUGGACGGCGGUUGAUUACAUUCUGGUACGUUCUUUACUGUUUGGAGUGAUGCAUUUGUAUUUUCAGUACUACUUUGGAUUGGUUGUUGAUGAUGGCGGCAAAGCUGAAGAGAAAGAUGAGCAGGAGGAGUUGGAAGAGGCUCAAUAA